AUGCAUAGUAUUUCUGACUCUCUCUCUCUCUCUCUCUCUCUCUCUCUCUCUCUCUCUCUCUCUCUCUUUCUCUCUUUCUUUCUUUGUUGCUUGCAUUUUCUCUUUCUUGAACUGAAUUCGUGCUUUCUUUCUUACCUUCUUGAAUUCUCUUUUCUUUCUUCCUUUCUUUCUUUCUUUCUUUUAUGUAUUAGUCUUUUCUUUCUUUCUUUCUUUCUUUCUUUCUUUUAUGUAUUAGUCUUUUCUUUCUUUCUUUCUUUCUUUUAUGUAUUAGUCUUUUCUUUCUUUCUUUCUUUCUUUCUUUCUUUUAUUCGCCUUAUUUUUUCUUUCUUAUUUUCUUGCCUUCUUGAAUUCGUGCUUUCUUUCUUUUAUUCUUUUUUGUUUGUUUGUUUCUUGCUUGCUUACUUGCCUUCUUUCUUUCUUUCUUUCUUUUCUUUCUUUCAUUUUUUUUCUUUAUUGCUUGUCUUUCUUUUUUUCGUUUUCAUAAAAAUCAUUUCUUUCUGUUUUCUUUUUUCUUUCUUUCUAUCGUUCAUUCAUUUUCUUUCCCCAAAUUCUGUUCAUCCGUUUUCAUUGCCUUCUCUCUUCUUUUUCUCCAUUAUAUAA